AGAUGAAUUCGGCCAUUUUCUCUUAAAGGCAUUUAAGCGAUCGUCAAGGUAUCUAAAGACCAUCGCUAACGCACUCCACUAUAGACGUAAGCGGAAAAUAAGCGAGCGUUCAGCCAAAUAGCUUGAUAUACGCAGUAUUAAUAGAAAACGGUCCCUGUUCGAUUUAGGAAAUUGCAUGAGAAUUUCCAAAAAAACAUAAAUGAAAGAAGAGAAACGUGGUCUCUAUGCCUCACGAAGCGUGUAAACCUCGACUGACUUUGCUUACUGCAAUUAUUCUGCUUAUAUACCGUUUUAUUAGAAAAUUAUGAGGACCUAACUUGAUCGGGAAAUUCUUGUGUUAAUCCCUUUUUCAACUAAAUGUUUUGCUAACUGUUGAAUGUAUUCUUGCAUUUCCCAUUCGCUUAGGAUUUGGUUUCUUAGAAAAUCGACUAGUUUCUGUAAAAACUCAUAUCUUUAAUUGUAUGAUUUUCGUAAUAAUAUUUUUAUUGACAACAAGCCAAGUUAGUGUCUAUCAAAACUGAACCUGACCUGAAUGUAAAUUAAAAUUUUUCAAUUUGUUCAGCGUAUAAGAAUGAACCGGAUCUAAUUUAAAGAAAUGAAAGAUUAUCCGCCUAUAUAUCAUUUUACGUGCAAUAAAGAGAGCAACGUGUAAAAAACGAUGAUGAAAAUUUAUUUACAUAGCAAAUGUUAAAAAGCAAACAAAAUGUCACAUUUCACUUCAAUAUUGGAAAACAUACGUUUGGUGGCCAUAAAACGUAGUCCUUUAUCACAACAAAAACAAUCAAACAAAGAACAACAAUCAUCCACUUCUCAUUCACCACCAACCAACACUGCUACUAUUACGAUAACCGAUACGGACCUGUUGCAGCAGCAACAGGCAGACAUUCAUAAUGAAUAUAAUAAAAGCAGUAAAGUGCUUAAUACGACAACGUCUACGAGAAUAACGACAUCAAAGACGAUUUCAUCGAAUGCACAUGCACAUGCAUAUCAACACGAAGAUCAAGCGGAUAAAGGUGAAAUCUCGAAUAAUAGUUACACUAGUGGCAAUGCUGCAACUAAUGCGAUUAGCGGCACAUCUGUUAAAUCGCAUUCAAAACGUCAGAGUGUUUCGGCACGCGGUUCAAUUAGCUCCGGGGAAAAUGUACGAACUUCGCCGGGUCGUGAACGUAACGUAUCGAAUCGUACCGCAAAUCUUAUUGCAGAAAUUGACAUCAAUGGCAGUAAUAGCAGCGUUUCCGGUGUAAAGAAUUCCGUUACCAGAACGCGUGAUCUCUCACCUUCGCCAAAAAAUCAACAACGCAGAAUGUCAACAGAUUUUCGAGCACGUGCCGGUAGCUUUAUACAUGUUGAUGACGAAGGUCGCAGCAUAUUGAUGCGCAAGCCAGUACGUUUAAAGAAUAUCGAAGGCAGGCCGGAAGUUUAUGAUACUUUGCAUUUCAAGGGGAAAGAGAUACUUUCUUGCUCGAAAUCAACAUGCAUGAGCAGUGUUAUGAACUUUGGUACCGCACCAGUUGAAGCACGUAAAUCAGAUGUGGUGUUAGAGCAUGCGAAAGAUUUUCUCGACCAAUAUUUUACGUCAAUUAAACGGUCCUCAAGUGCUGCUCACGAGGCACGUUGGAAGCAAGUGCGUCAAAGCAUAGAAAGCACCGGCCAUUAUCAACUCACUGAAACUGAAUUGAUUUAUGGCGCUAAAUUAGCCUGGCGCAAUUCUUCUCGUUGCAUAGGUCGCAUACAAUGGUCCAAAUUACAGGUAUUCGAUUGUCGGUAUGUAACAACUACCAGCGGAAUGUUCGAGGCGAUAUGUAAUCACAUCAAAUACGCUACCAAUAAAGGAAAUCUUAGGUCAGCCAUUACAAUAUUUCCGCAACGAACCGAUGCACGUCACGAUUAUCGUAUUUGGAAUACACAGCUUAUCUCAUAUGCUGGCUAUAAACAGAAUGAUGGAAAAAUUAUUGGAGAUCCUUUGAAUGUGGAAUUUACGGAGGUAUGCAUGAAAUUAGGUUGGAAGAGCAAAGGCACAGAUUGGGAUAUAUUGCCUUUAGUAGUGUCGGCCAAUGGUCAUGAUCCCGACUAUUUCGAUUAUCCACCGGAAUUAAUCUUAGAAGUACCAUUAAAUCAUCCAAAAUUUGAAUGGUUUGCUGAUUUGGAUUUACGUUGGUAUGCGUUACCGGCUGUGUCCAGUAUGUUAUUUGAUGUUGGUGGCAUACAAUUCACGGCAACCACAUUCAGUGGUUGGUAUAUGUCCACGGAAAUUGGUUGUCGUAAUCUGUGUGACACAAACCGUCGCAAUAUUCUAGAGACAGUGGCAUUAAAAAUGAAUUUGGACACGCGUACACCAACGUCGCUAUGGAAGGACAAGGCUGUUGUCGAAGUUAAUAUUGCUGUACUUUAUUCAUAUCAAAGCCGCAACGUCACAAUUGUCGAUCAUCAUACUGCUAGUGAAAGUUUUAUGAAGCAUUUCGAAAAUGAAUCAAAAUUACGUAACGGCUGCCCGGCAGAUUGGAUUUGGAUUGUACCACCCUUGUCGGGUUCCAUAACACCGGUAUUCCAUCAGGAGAUGGCCUUGUACUAUUUAAAACCAUCAUUUGAAUAUCAGGAUCCGGCUUGGCGCACCCACAUUUGGAAGAAAGGACGGGGUGACGGUAAAAGUAAAAAACCCAGACGUAAAUUUAAUUUCAAACAAAUUGCAAGGGCUGUGAAAUUUACGUCAAAAUUAUUUGGACGUGCUUUAUCAAAACGUAUAAAGGCUACGGUAUUGUACGCCACCGAAACGGGCAAAUCAGAAAAAUAUGCCAAGCAAUUAUGCGAACUACUAGGACAUGCAUUUAAUGCACAGAUUUAUUGCAUGUCUGAAUACGAUAUAUCAUCGAUUGAACAUGAAGCUCUCUUAAUAGUUGUAGCGUCAACAUUUGGUAAUGGAGAUCCUCCGGAAAACGGUGAGCUUUUCUCCCAAGACUUGUAUGCUUUACGUGUACAAGAAACUGCAGUAGGUGGUCAAGAUUCUGGCAUUGGUGUUACAUCUUCGAAAUCUUUUAUGAAAGCAAGCUCGAGGCAAGAUUUGAUUAAAUUGCCCUUGCAACAGGUGAAGAAAAUCGAUAGAUGGGAUUCCUUAAGAGGCUCAACGUCAGACACAUUCACAGAGGAGAACUUUGGACCAUUAUCUAAUGUUAGAUUUGCAGUUUUUGCCUUGGGUUCUUCGGCCUAUCCAAACUUUUGCGCCUUUGGUCAAUAUGUAGAUAAUAUUUUAGGCGAACUAGGCGGAGAACGGCUUCUGAAAGUUGCCUACGGUGAUGAAAUGUGCGGACAAGAACAAACCUUUCGUAAAUGGGCUCCAGAAGUAUUUAAGGUGGCCUGCGAGACGUUUUGCUUAGAUCCCGAUGAAAAUCUUUCGAAUGCUUCGUUCGCAUUGCAGAAUGAGUCCUUAUCUCUUAACACUGUACGUUUAGUGCCGUCUAAAGCGAAGGGCUCGUUAGAGCACUUGCUCUCGAAAUAUCAUAACAAAAAAGUGACCUGUUGCCAAAUCAAAAGAAAUCCUCAUAAUCUUACUAAUAUGGAUAAUAGUGAAAAAACUACAAUUCUUUUGGAAAUACAAGCCGCUGGCCUGGACUAUGAGCCCGGUGAUCACGUUGGCGUAUUUCCUGCAAAUCGACCAGAAAUCGUCGACGGAAUAAUAAAACGUCUGGCUGGUGUCGAGGACCCCGAUGAGGUCUUACAAUUGCAAUUGCUUAAGGAGAAACAAACAUCGAACGGCAUUUUCAAAUGCUGGGAGUCACAUGACAAAAUACCUGCCGAGAGUUUAAGGACUUUGCUUACCCGUUUUUUUGAUAUAACAACACCUCCGUCAAGGCAAUUAUUAACGUUGUUAAGUGGAUUUUGUGAAGAUAAUCAUGACGUUGAACGUUUGCAAUUACUGAUCAAUGAUUCGUCGGCUUAUGAAGACUGGCGGCACUGGCGAUUGCCACAUCUGCUAGAAGUAUUGGAAGAAUUUCCUUCAUGUAAACCACCGGCUUCCUUAGUGUUGGCCAAUUUAAUGUCUUUACAAUCAAGAUUCUAUUCGAUAUCCUCUUCGCCGACCAAGGUAAACAACGAAAUACAUUUGACGGUGGCCGUUGUUAAGUAUCGAAGCGAGGAUGGGAAUGGUGAUGAACGUUACGGUGUUUGUUCCACUUACUUGGCUGCUCUCAAGGCUCAGGAUGAUUUAUUUAUAUUUGUACGUAGUGCGCCCGGCUUUCACUUGCCUUCUGAUCCUCUCAGCCCAAUUGUGCUAAUCGGUCCCGGUACCGGUAUUGCACCUUUCCGAUCUUUCUGGCAAGAAUUUGAAAUGAAGCGCGAAAUGCAAGCAAACUGCCAGCUACCAAAAGUAUGGCUUUUCUUUGGUUGUCGUAAUAGUAAAGUGAAUCUAUAUGCCGAUGAGAAAGAACGCUUAAUCAAUGAGAAUAUAUUAAAUCGUGUCUUUUUAGCUUUGUCGAGAGAACCAAAUACACCGAAGACUUAUGUUCAAGAUUUGAUUGAACAGGAAUUUGAUUCGUUGUACGAUUUAAUUGUCGAGGAACGUGGUCAUGUCUAUGUUUGCGGUGAUGUGACAAUGGCAGAGCAUGUUUAUCAAACGAUAAGGAAAUGCAUUGCAGGAAAAGAGCAAAAAACCGAAGCGGAAGUUGAGACAUUUUUGCUAACAUUACGAGACGAGAAUCGCUAUCAUGAGGAUAUAUUUGGAAUCACUUUGCGAACGGCGGAAAUACAUACCAAAUCACGGGCCACAGCACGCAUUCGUAUGGCGGCUCAACCUUAAAUGAAACGACCACAUAUUAAUUACGAAGAGAGCAUUUUAUUAUAAAUAUAUAAAGUAAUUCUCAAAAAGUUUCUAAAGAAAUUCUAUUCUUGUCGUAAAAAUAUUAAAAUAAUGGUGGAAUACUUAAAUCGUAUCAAAGAAACAUAAAUUAUUUCCUUUUAAUUAUCAUAAAAUUUAUUUUUGUAAUAAAUUUAAUGAGUGUUAAAUAAGAGAG